AUGGCAACAGCAGCAUUUUCUUCACUUCUACAGCCAGAGAAACAACAAGUGAGUUCAGGAGAAGCUAUUUCAUCUCCAAGCAGCUCUAGUGCUUGGGAAUCAUCAGGAUCUAUUGGUCCAUUUUUCGCUGUGAUCAUUAUUCUUACGAUUCUUGCUGUGCUCUCUUGUUACUUGAGUCGCAUGUGUAAGCGGAGGGAACUUACUCCGUUGGAGAGUAUCAAAGGUAGAGGCUGUUUUGGAUGGGUGAAACGUCGGUGUAGAAAUUGUAUGGGUAGAGAUCUUGAAGUUGGAGGUGUUGGAGCUAAGGUUAUGGUUUGUGAUCAAGAAGAGGAAAUUGAUUCUAAGGUUAAAGAUGGUGAUGUUCAAAUUUAA